CGCAAAUGUGCAUAGAGCCUAGAAGUGUUUAUGUUAUCUCUUGACUUUUCACUGGAAUUGAACUUGUUAUUGCUAGGGAAAUAAGUAUUAGAGAUAAAAACACUUCAAUAUAUUAUAUCGGUGAUAUUUUAAACUCCGGCUUUUAUUUUUAGUUGUUGUUUAGUUGUAAUGUCAAAAACUAUGGAAAGAGUUGCUGUGAUUACAGGUGGAAAUAAGGGAAUUGGAUUUAGUAUAGUCAAAGGACUUUGUAAAAUUUUUAAAGGAAAAGUUUACCUAACAGCUAGAAAUGAAGAAUUGGGUAGACAAGCCGUUGAAAAAUUAAAAGAAGUUGGAUACAAUCCUGAGUUUUAUCAGUUGGAUAUUACAGUUGCUCAAAGUAGAGACAAUUUCGCCAAAUAUUUAAAAGAAACAUAUGGAGGAUUAGACGUUUUAGUGAACAAUGCAGGGAUCGCAUUCAAAGCUUUGGGUGCUCAGCUUAUAAUGUCUCAAAAGUGGCCGUUUCUGCAUUGACCUUCAUUCAGCAAAAGCUACUGCUCAACGAUCCACGGCCUGGCAUAAUUGUAAACUGUGUUCAUCCCGGUUACGUUGAUACUGACAUGACCAGUCACAAGGGACCUCUUACGCCAGAUGAGGGCGCAGAAGCAUCUAUUAUGUUGGCAACCCUCCCAGAAAAUGCAUCUCGCCCCAAGGGAGACUAUGUUUGGUACGAUGGAAAAAUCUAUGACUGGAACAGUCCCACACCAACACCAAUUCAAUAAAAAGCACGAUUUAAAUGAAUUGAAAAUAUCAAUUCAAUAUUCCAAAAAUUGUUAUGAAUUUGAACAAUAAUAUUUUGUAUUUUGUCAAGUAUCGAUGUUUCAACCUCUUUAUUGAUUCCUUAGUAAAUUCUGUACCUUUUGUCAGUCUUAAUUUACUCUUUGGAUCUCAGCAAACGUUUGCUGUCAUUACAACAUUAUACCUUUUAAUAGCAUCUUUUGAGAUUUAUAGUGUAAUUAUCGUUUUAUUUGUAAUUAUUGUUUGGCCAGCUACAGAAAGUUGAAAUAGAACCCACACAAGUUGAACAAUCUCUUUCAAAAUUUGAAGAAAACAUAUCAAAAAUUCGCAAUAGCAUCGAAACAGACCCUUCAACCUCUACAGAAACAACUGAGGAACAACCUUCAACAUUAAAAAAAAGAAAAAUCAACAGAAUCGAAUGGAGGAGACAAGCCAUAGAAGUCUGUGAUGUUAUAAUUUGCCAAUCGAAAGAACGAUUCAGUUUUACUGGGCAUCUUGUGGCAGCUAGUCUUUUCAUUCCUGACAGAUUUCCAACUUAUGAAAAACUUCUUCCUGAAAACAAGUUGAAUGCAGUGUACAAUGCUUACAAAUUUCUAGACAUUAAAAAACUUCGCACUGAACUUAUAACAGUUUACAGUGCAAUUGAAUUCAGAGGAAUAUCAGGAGCUGUGGCAUUGUAUAGCUUCUUGAAAGACAAUAAACUAAAUGAAACGUUCAGUGAAAUAAUGAAACUUCUUGAAAUAAUUAUCACCAUACCCAUGACAACAGCUGAAGCAGAAAGGUGCUUUUCUACUCUUAAGAGAGUGAAAACCUUCUUAAGAAACAGCAAGGCUCAAGAGCGAUUGUCAGCAUUAGCUAUGCUGUCAAUUGAGAUGGAUCUGCUAAUGGAAAUUCCUGAUUUCAAUCAAAAGGUGAUUGAAAAAUUCGCUCACCUCAAAGAAAGACGGAUGGACUUCCUCUUCAAGUAAUGGUGAGUGAUAAUUAUCAACAUGUAAAUAAAAUAAUUGUAUGAAAUAUAUUCUUCAAGUGUCAUUGAAAAUGAAUUAAGUUGAGUUGGAAAAAAAUUUCAGAAUAAUAAAUGGGUCAUCUUCAAAGAUGAUUUUGUUUUGCAACCCCCUAUAAUUUUGAGCACCAGCCGCCACUGACUCCUUUUAUCUUCCUCCUUUUCUUUCAUUAAUAUAAUCACAGCAAAAAAACAUGGGCCAAGUGAAUAAAACGAGUAUACUCAACUUAGUACAUUCUUCCUACAGUAACUAUAUUACAGUAAUAUAGUUACUGUAGUUCUUCCCAAUUAAGUCUUCUCUCCUUUAGUAAACACUUGCUCUAAAUAGUAUUCUCUCGACUCGGAGUGAACAAACCUAAUACGCUCUACCUUAAAAACAAGAGUUCUCACUAUUAUUUCAGAUGAAUAAUACACAACAUAUUCAAUUUAAAAGUUCUCGCUUCCGUUAACGUCUGUCUGUCUGCCUGUAACAUAUGCCUAUGCGUAAUUAAUAAUACUACUUGUGAUAGCAGUUUUCUAUGACGUUGAAAAAUUUGCUAUGAAAAAGGUUUUUUAAAGUGUUACCGUACAUUUUUGAGUAGAAGCAAUUAACUAUUAGUGUUCAAUAACACUUGAUUAUCCAAUGUACGUGUGCUACUCAUUUAUUUAAUUUUUUUAUCAUUUAUGAUUAUAUUUAAAUAUUGAGAUCAUCAAAACGGUUUGAGAUAUUUAUGUGCGAGUUCCGCCAUCAGUUUUCUUUCAAAAUUCUGUAUCGAAUCAUGUAUCGCAUGACCACGUUCCCAUUUGAGAAAUGAACUUGGAUUCAAAAUGAUGCUGGAUUCGAAAUGAAGUUGGAUCCAUUUAUGACGAAUCCAAGAUGGCGGACAAAAGUUUUAAAGUGACAGAAAGUAGUUUUUCAUUUGGAAUGGGAACCACAUUUUAUUAUAAAUGUUGAAAUAAUACUUCAAAUUGAAGAGAAUUGUAUCCUCUACAACCCAACGUUCAGUACUUAUUUUUUCGAUGCAUUGUUGUUGAGUCCUGAAUGUAAAAGAAGUUGGAAGAAAAACUUGCUUUUCAAAGAUUUUACACUCUUUUAAAAGUGAAUAUCUCGAAAACUAAAGGAGAUAUCACAAAACUCUACUGAACAAAACUUUUAGGAAAUUUAUCUAGCUUCAUUGUUGUUCGGUUAGUCAUGUUGCUGAAAUGCAUUGUUUCCAAGAUACAUGUGUGUAAGCCAGAAAAAACGAAACUUUUAAACCACCCUCAUCACUGAAGCACAAGGGGUAGGGAUGAGGACUGUUAAUAUGUUUAGCUUCUAACUAGUCCAAAAAAGCUACGAAGUCAAAUAUUGUGUUUCAAACGUUCCCUCCAAAUUUCCCUGUCAAUUGAUCUAUUGUUGAACUGAAGAUUUCAUACUGAACACUAUAACGGCUACAACAAUCGUAGGGAGAUGUGUAAAAUGAGGAAAUAAAUGAAAUUGUAGAGAAUUUUAUGCUCUAUGAGCUCAUGAUUAGCACGGAUUUUCAUAAUAGAUCGUUGAAAAGUUAUAAGGCUAAAAAGAUUAAAAAAACUGGAGACGGAAGGGUUUUUCUUCAAAAUGUGACAACCAAAAAAUGAAACUUUCACUUACUAAAACUUUUAAAUGUCCAGAAGCCUGAGAUAGUGUACUGUCAUUCUUAAUGUUUUCGGACUCUAAAAGAGGCUUCAUGCAAUUAAUGAGGUCCUGUCUGUGUUCAUGAAUUGUCAUUACGCUGCGUGAUUGAAAGUUCCAUCUGGUAGGAACAGAACGUGGCAAUCUUUUCUUCACAACUUCAUCUAAUACUGACGUUCUUUGCACACUACUCGAAAAAAGGAGCAUAGACCUUGCACAUUUGCAAAGAAUAUUCGCACAUCCCUGUUGAUGGAAGCAGCUCUCAUCAUCACUAAGUUGAGUUGAUGUGCAUGGCAGUGGAUAAAGUGAGCACUAGGAUAAGCCUCUUUAACAAUAGCUUGUACACCAUUAGAGAAUCCAGUCUGAGCAAUAAACUUAUCAGGCAUUUCAUUCAAUUUAUGUAGCUUCAAUUGAUCUUGAAUACAGGAAGCAAGUGCGGCAGCACCAUGCUGUGGAGGAUUAACAAAAGUCAAAAAUCUCUCUACUGGCUUAUUUUUCACAAUAUAUCUAUAAACUACAGCCAUUUGAAAAACAUUUGAGACAUCACUAGUCUCGUCUGCAAUGACUGCUAAAAAAUUAGCAUCUUUUAUUUCUUGUGAAAUUUUUUCAUGACAAACUUCAAGCAUUACAUUUAAAAGUUCGUUUUGAAUUGUCUUUGAGGUUCCACAAAAAACUGUAGCACAAUCCAAGUGAGUUUUCAUAGCACUAUCAAGUUCUGCACUAAAAUCUAUCAAUCCUCUGAAAAUCCCUGGAUUGGAUGAAUCUUUAGAUUCAUCAUGCCCUCUUAAAGCAAGCUCGUACACAGUUUAUAAUGAUACUCAGAACAUACCGAUUUUGCUUGACUUUUUCGUUAUGCAGUAGAAUGUUUUGUCUGUAGGCAUUAUUUAAUUUUUCUACAAUGUUUGUAGUUCCCAAUAAUGCUAAUUUUAAAUUGUUCUUCAUAUGUACACCUGAAACCUCAUGCUUUUUUGUUCUUGUUGAAAUGUGAUUUAAGUCUUUGAAUCCAGUUUUUGUCCAUGUAUCCUCACCUCCAAACAAUAGACAGGGGAAACAAAACAGUGCCAUUUUAGUCUCACAUCCACAGAGCCAAAUGCAUUUAUUGUAUAAGUCUCUGUUGAAUUUCCUAUUAAAAGUUAUGUUCCCUGAUUUUACAAUUCUAAUGAAAUUUGGGAGGUCCGGUGUUGGCCUACAUAAUGUUCUUAUUUCAAUCUUUUCUUGAAGCAGCCGUGAAUUGAAGGAAGCAGCCAGUAAGUUUGUAACUGAAUUCAUUUUUCAUUGGAUCCGAUAAGUCAUAGAACCAAUCAACCGAAGCACUGAACUAUUAAUAACUAUCAAUAUCACAUUUUUCAUAGGAACAACAACACAAUAACAACAUCAAGAUCAAACUAUGCAAAACAAAAAUACAAAAUAUUUAUGCCACAUGCCACAUGAAUACAAACAAACAUAACCUGCAAUCCAAUAACAAAAAUAAUUUAGGAAGUUCAAAUGCCUUCUUGAGCUAUGACUUACGUUACGACACUUACAAAAUACACUAGCGCUCCCGGUAGCAUAGUUGCUAAGCACUCUGCAACCUAGAAAUAUGGCUACAAAGCAAACGUUGCCAUGGCAACCACAGUAGAAUCCGAAAUAACAACAAUUUAUUCCUCUGCUAUUCUUCUAUUAUCUAUUAGUAGGCCUGGUGCAUGCACUCCGAUAGUUAUGUGCGGUAUUUUAAACACAUUCUUCCCGCGCCAAACAUCAGAACGUAAAUCGUUUGUCGAUCUGUGUGCAAAUGAAUGUGAAUAUGGAAUGUAAUUUUAACUUAAACUACCUACUAGUAUUCAUUAUUUUGUUUAAAGAUUACUGGGGAUUGUGCAACCCUGCAACCUUAUCAGGAGCCGCCCCUGUAUUGGAUGUUAUGAAGAUAACAGUAGGCUUGGCCGUGUCAAGUCGAGUUUUGUGCAGCUCCGUAUAAUUAAUCCAUUUUCAUUGUAAAAUUAAUGUAUUUCAGUGUCGUGUGUUAGUGCAUUGUGAUCAACUAAGUACGGGCUUCAACUUCAACGUCUCAAAUAAUCUGAAGUGACGUGUUAAUAGAUUUAAUGUUGUUUUAUUCAGUCGACAAUUUAAAGAGUAUCUUGUUUGCAGGUUACAAAAUUUUUCUGUGCCGGUCAGUUUCAAAGCCUGUUGUUAGUGUUAGUGAGCUUAUCACUUGUCAGCCUCUAAUCUCAGAUAAGUACUGCAAUACUUUCACUCUUUUCUAGAACUGUUAUGACCCAUAAAAUAAGAAAAAUCAUCUGAGCUGAGUCAUAUUAUUGCUAUCCUGAUUGUCUUCACCUUUUACCCAUAUAGUCAUUGAUCCUUCAUUUUCCAGGAGCUUCCAUAUAUUCCUGUCUUGAUGGCUCUCUAGGCUUCAAUCAUCCUUUCUAUAUUCCCUACCCGCAAUAAUAGAAUAUGCUAUCAUUAAAGCUAUUGGAUUGGGCUACAGUUGUGUUUUUCCAUUCAGCUGUUUGCAUUUGGAUAUAAAUCGCGAUCCAUUUUCGCGACAUUUUCUGUAAGUCCGGUUUUGGCUACACACAAUCAUGCUUACACGUACUGGACGCUAUAAUCCUAUAACAAACCUUGAGCAUGAUCUAAAUAAUCUGAGAGAAAAUGUUUUCAAUAGCGGAGUGUUAGAGAUAGCUAUCAAUUUACACGGAAUACUUGACACAAUAUCGCAUAAAUUCUCAAAGGAUGCGGUGAUUGACAUAAUCCCCGAAAUUACAUCACUUUUAAAUAAAUAUGAUGCUUCGGUUAAAGUGAAUGAGGACCUGAAAAGGAUAUUAACCGACUUGUCCUCAGAAAAACUUGCACUAGAGAAAUUACUAUUACAAGAGAAAAAGAACAGAAAAAACGAUUUUGACGAGUCUAUUACCAAUGAGGAGAAAGCAGAUUUUGAAAUUAGUGAACUUAAAUCAAAGCUUAGUUUCAAUAUGACAUCAGUUGAUGAAUUAAAGACUGAAAUUAGUUCCAAAGACGCAAUAAUCAAUUUGUUGAGUAACGAUGCGCAAAAUGCUGCUGAAAAAAUUUUAAAACUGGAAACUGAAUUGAAAUCUAUGAGGAGGAAUUCAAUCGAUUCAUCAAAUAAUAAUGACGAUUUCAUCACUCCGAGAACUACAGUUGGAGCUCGAAACAAUGCAACUUGUGCUAUUAAAUUGAAUAACAGAUUUACAGUACUCUCAGAAAAUAUAUCAACAUCAACUUGCUCAAAUAGGUCUACAUCCGAUAAACUACUGGUCAAGGCGCAAAUACAUCGAUCCACUACACCCGAAAAUAAAUCUUUCUCAAAACGCAGAGUAGGCAACAAUAGCUCCAACAAAAAGAAAAGGAGAGUAACUAUUAUGGCAGAUAGUCAAGGUAAACAAUUGAGUGGAUAUCUGCAGCAUCUCGAUGAUGACUUCGACGUCUUCGUUUACACCAAGCCAGGAGCCAAACUAAAGCAUGUUGUUCAAGAUGGGCUUGUUUUUGUUAGCGAUUUUACUGAGGACGAUUUUAUCAUCAUAUUAGCUGGCUCAAACGAUCAUCACUUGGAUGAACCUUAUCAGCUAACCCUGUUUCAAGGAAUAAGUUCUCUUCUCGAAUUAAACCUGAAAACGAACAUCAUCGUGUGUAGUGUGCCCUUACGGUAUGAUGACCAGCGGCUCAAUGAAAACAUUCUCCACUCCAAUUCCUACUUGUCUUGUAUGGUGCGCAACUGCAAUGGCAAAAUGAAGCUUCACUACUUCGAUAUAAACAUCUUCCUCCAGAGAACUCAUUUCACGAGACACGGUCUACAUUUCAAUCGUCAAGGAAAAAGACUAAUUUCAAAACAAUUAAUAACAUUUGUUAAGCAGAAUUUUAUUAAUAAUGUUAACAGCGUGUCUAUGUCCGUUGUAAAUGAGGUUUCCACAAGGCAGCAUACGAUUCAAUCCCUCGAAAUUCCUGAAUCUCUCGACAUUCAAUACAUUGGUUCCUUUCCUGUGACACCCAUCCCACCAAGUUCACCUGCAUCCUGUGACCCAACUCUCGAAGAUACAAUCUUUACAGAGAUAGAUUUUCCAAUUCAAUCCUUACAUCAGUCCAUGAAUAAAACCGAUUUUUUAGACAGUUCAGCAAUUCCUUUUCUUAACAAAACAAUUUAAGUGUUCACAAUUUAAGUAGAAAUCUCAAUGUCUUUU